AUGACUUAUAAACGUCGGGGAGCCCAAUCUUCAGAAACGUCAAACCAAAAAUAUCGUAAUUCAGAUAAGGAACAUAGCGAUGAAAGUUCAUUAAGAAAUACAGAAGUUACAAGAGGGGCAAGAGGCGCAGUACGUGCAAGGGGUCUAAGAAGAAGUAGACGUGUUGAAGAACGUUCUCUUUUGAAUUUUUCUCAUCAAUCUACCUCUACUACCUCACAACUGUCUUCAACUCAACAAUCUAUUGACAAUAAAGAAAUUAUCAUGAGGAGUCGAUCUCACACGCCAAUAAUAGCUCCAGAUAUCACGUCGCCUAUCCCUAAUGAGAGACAACAAAGUCGACGCUCAACACCUAUAGUUGAACCACCUAUUAUAGUUGAACCUGCCCAAAGUCAACAUUCAACUUCAAUUGUCAAACGAGUUUCAUCUGAUAAUC